AUGGGAGGAUCUAUGUCAAUAACAAAUGAGACGAAUGUUUCGCUCAACAUUGCUCUAAAACAAAUGACUCCACUUUACUAUCAAAAUGACGUUAAACCAGGUGAAACAAUGUACAGAUCCACAGGGGCCGUUCAUUUUACAAUCGAGGCAAAUAUCGAUUACGCAAGGAGGCAUCAAUAUUCAAAAAUGCGAAAAUUUGUUCCAAUUACUCUACUUUCUUUGGGUUCAUUACUUACUUUGGGUUCAUUACUCGCUGUCGCAAAUGUUGGAAUGCCGGUGUGGUUUAUUAAGGUUCUCAUGGCUUUAGGGCAGAUAUCAGUUGGUGGUGGAAUGGCUUAUAGAGAGCUGAGUAAGAAUGCAUCGCUAUCAAGUCAUGGUUGGUACGCAGGAUAUAAUCAUAGAUUGGCAAUUAGAGGUGGUCCCAAGGUGGUGGAGAUAAAUGGAUGUAGAUUUAUCUCCUCAGAUGUUGUAGAACCUUUGACAAUUGUCAAAAUUUAA